CACUAACGUGGCAUUCCGAAUAGAGUAGGAUCAACUCAAUGGCGUCUUCAUCCUCCUCACUGCGAACCAUUGGAGAGGACGAUGAAUGUGCCUUCGACGGAUCUGAAUCAGGCUACGUCGACGCCCGAACGCACUGCGACCAUCUCAGCUCCUUAUCCACGGAUUUGGUGCAUAUUCCAACUCCCGGAACACCUUGCAACAGGUGUGAUCAUCCAAAAGAGAACUGGGUGUGCUUGAGCUGUAAAGUUGUCCUAUGCAGCCGGUUCAUCAACAAGCACAUGCUCGAGCAUUACCAUCAAGAGCACCAUGCUGUGGCUCUCAGCUUCAGUGAUCUGUCUGUGUGGUGUUUCUCUUGCGACGCCUACCUUGAUGCACAAGUGAUCCCGUCACUGCGCCCUGCCCAUGAAACUGCAUACAUAUUGAAAUUCGGUAGCCCUCCACCUUCCCGAGGAAUCGCUGCUUCAGGUGUAAUAUGACAAUUGACGACUUCAUAUCUAAUCGGACUCGACUGCUUUGCUUCAAUCUCCUUGGAUAACGAAAAUAUUUAACUCGCCGGUCUCUCUCUGGAAUGCCUUUGCUUCAAUCUCCUUGGAUAACGAAAAUAUUUAACUCGGUGGUCUCUCUCUGGAAUGGCUUUGCUUCUAUUCAAACAAAAAGCAAAUUAUCUGUAUUGUAAUGGAAAGUAUAUAUAUAUAUAUAUAUAUAUUUGUGUGUGUCAGCCU